AUGGGACGGUCGGAACUUCUGAUCACCUUAAUUCUGCUGGGCUUCUGGAUAUGCCCUGCGGAAACAAGAAGACUAAACAGGAGAAAGCAGGCCUACUGUUACAAUGAAGACAGGAAGCCAUUCCAUUUCGUAAGUUCCCCAAAUUAUAUUGUACUGGAUCCCUAGAACCACAUGGAUUUCGAAUGUUGGUGGAGACUGGUGACUGUUGGGAUCAUCUCGGCCAUCUGUGCGGCUACCCUUGUUUCCAUGAUGGUUGGAAUCACCGCUUGCAUCAAUUGUCCUUUGUGUUAUGAUCAACUUAUUGAAGAAGAAUAUCCUUUCUGA